AUGUGGGGCAAAGCGGAACGUAGAGGCAAAUUGGAUGUAAAAAAACGGGGUGCUUUACUAAAGCUUAUAAAGACUAUUACAGAAAAUUUUAAUUUGUUUCUGUAUGAGUGCAAUUUGUGGGACAUUUGUCUUCCGUUGAAGAUUCCAUGGCUUAUGCAAUUAGAGAUGUGCGAAAUGUAUCAGAUUCCCGCGACAACAUUAUAUCGACGAGUCAAGCCAGGGAAAAACGUUAUUGAAGCUUCAAAUAAAUCAUUAGGUAGAUUUAAGUCAACAUUUACCUAUGAUCAGGAGAAAGAGUUGGCGGAAUUCAUAUUAGAAAUGGAAAGUCGUUUGUUUGGGCUUAGUUUUAAAGAACUGCGUAGCUUGGCAUAUCAAUAUGCUAUAAAAAACAAGAUUCCUAAUAGUUUUAAUCACAAUACUAAAUUGGCGGGACGUGAUUGGGUGUACAAGUUUUUAGAAAGACAAAAAAAUAUCUCAUUACGUCUUCCAGAAAAAACUUCGGCGGCAAGAGCUUCCGCUUUUAAUCCGACAAAUGUUGGAAAUUUUUUUAACCUGCUAGGAAGUUUGUUUGAUACAUUCCAUUUUCCAGCUAGCAGAAUUUUUAACUGUGAUGAGACAGGAACAUCGAGUGUCCCAAAUAAGCCCACAAAAAUAUUUUCCCUAAAAGGAAAAAAGCAGUUUGGAUGUUUGUCUUCAGCAGAAAGAGGAUCACUGGUUUCGGUGGAAGUGUGUUUCAGUGCUGCUGGAACCUACGUGCCUCCAUUGCUGAUAUUUCCCCGGGUAAGACGUAAUCCAGCUUUCGAAAACGGUUUGCCACCCGAGUCAAUCGUACACUGUCACCAAUCUGGAUGGAUGCAAAUGGACAUUUUCUGCGACGUUUGGUUCCCACAUUUCCUAAAAUAUGCUCGGCCAUCUGAAGAAAGUCCCGUUUUAUUAAUUUUGGAUGGCCACGCGACGCACACCAAAAAUUUGAAUUUAAUAGAGAAAGCAAAAGCUAAUCAUGUUCAUAUACUCGUAUUGCCACCUCAUUGUUCGCAUCGCAUGCAGCCUCUUGACGUCUCAUUUAUGUAUCCUCUUAACACAUAUUACGAACAAGAGACACGAAUAUGGCUAAGAAACAGCCUUGGCAAAGUAAUAACAUUAUACAAAAUUGGCCAAUUAUUUGGAAGAGCAUAUCAAAGAGCUGCUACUCUUCAAACAGCUUGCAAUGGAUUCAAAAAUACAGACAUUUAUCCAUUCAAUCCCAAUAUUUUUCCAGAAGAUUUAUUCAAACCGUCCGAAACAACAAAUAGAGAAGAGCAACAUUCUGAAGCGAACAGAAAUGCCUUUACUAAUUCUGAAGCAAACGGAACCAUAUCUCCUCGUGCGGGUUGCUCAAAAGAAAGAACACCCUCUCCACAGGUAUUUUCACAUGAAGCGAAUAACCAUUGGACACCUCAAGAUCUGCUGCCUUUGCCUAGAGCAGGUCCACGAAAAGACUCAGUACGAGGAAAAAGAAAAGGAAAGACAAUGAUAUUGACGUCUACCCCAAACAUGGAGGAAAUAAAACUUCAAAUAGAAUCUAAACGCCCUGCCAAAGUAAUGUCAACCAAAAGAAAAAUAUCAUUAGAAAGCGAAAGAAAAAAAUCUCAAAAAAUCAAUAAGAAAGAAUCAUCCGACAGCGACGACAGUGAGAAUACAAUUAGUGAUGACAGCGAUUGGGAAUUUUUGUCGAAGAAGUCUUCCUUUAACGUAGAGAAAGUUAAUCCAGGCACAAAGUUAAAAAAAGGAGAUUUUCUUUUAACUGAAUUAACCGAUGAAAAAUAUCGUACAAAAAAACAAUUUGUGGCAUACAUUACAAAUAGUGAAGAAAAUGGUUGUAUAAUUGUAAGCUUUCUAAGACAGUAUAAGCAAACUACAAAUAUUUUUGUCUUCCCUGACGUGGCAGACGAAAGUGAAAUAGUUUAUGAAGAAAUAGUAGGCAAGGUAAAGAUAAACAAACUAAGACAUGGCAAAAUCCAAAUAAUAUAA